AUGUACACAAUCAUUUCAGGUGAGAAGGCGGUAAGCGCCUUGCUGGAGAUAUUGGAAUUAGAAGAGGAUAUCCUGGAGGCAGAACGGAUACGGAAGGAAUCUUUAACACGACUGAUCAACUUGAAAGUAAGGAUCACAUGUUUUACAUUUAACGGCAGUAUCUACGACCAAAUAUUUGGACUACCGAUGGGAUCUCCACUCUCACCCUUGGCAAGUGGGUACACGGACAAGUUGGAAAUGGAAUUCGAGAAGUCACCACUGCAACCAAGAGUUAGUAUGCGAUACUUGGAGGACUACCUUGCACUUUGGUCACAUGGUAAUAACUUUGCAGAAACAUGGACACUGAAAGAUCCGAAAUAG